AUGAAACCCUGCAGCCUUCCUCUGGGAUCUUCUGCAGAGCUGUGGGCCUCCUCCUCCAACUCCCCCAAGACCUGCUCCUCCAAGACCUGCUCCUACAAGACCUGUUCCUCCAAGACCUGCUCCUCCAAGACCUGCUCCUACAAGACCUGCUCCUCCAAGACCUGCUCCUACAAGACCUCCUCCUCCAAGACCUGCUCCUACAAGACCUGCUCCUCCAAGACCUGCUCCUCCAAGACCUGCUCCUACAAGACCUGCUCCUCCAAGACCUGCUCCUCCAAGACCUGCUCCUACAAGACCUGCUCCUACAAGACCUCCUCCUCCAAGACCUGCUCCUACAAGACCUCCUCCUCCAAGACCUGUUCCUCCAAGACCUGCUCCUACAAGACCUGCUCCUACAAGACCUGCUCCUACAAGACCUGCUCCUACAAGACCUCCUCCUCCAAGACCUGCUCCUACAAGACCUGCUCCUACAAGACCUCCUCCUCCAAGACCUGCUCCUACAAGACCUCCUCCUCUUCCCUCCUCAGGACUCCCAGGAGACUCUGA